AUGGCGCCUCAGUCGUCGCUGCAGCCAACUACCAGUAGUGAACCGCCAAUCAAACCACCAAUCAUCAAGCAGCAUGGUUCUACUCCGAACCCCGUGUCACCAUCGUCAACUGGGCCUCAACAGCGUUUUGCGGCACCAAAUGAUAAUGCCGGAGUGGUUCAGGCCACGGUAUCGCAGCCGAACGCGACAGAUCCCAAGCCACGAAUCAAAAUGAAGCGCACUUCAGGGAUCCAAGCUUCCAGGAUUGGACACGUUUUUAAGACGAGCGCUUUAGUACGUAGCAUUUCUCCGAGCAAUGUACGGCAAACUCAUUUUUCUCCGGCGCUUCGAACCCCGGCCCGGGCUGUCGGCGAUUUAACGGAUGAGGAUGAGAAUGAGGAUGAAUUGAGGUCCACUUCUGUCAGCAGCUCUAAUCUUGGCAAACGAGAUCGAGACUCUGCAGAUGACCUAGAAAGUGAUAUAUGUGCAUCAAACGUCAAAAAGGUCAAAGACCUCAGCGCAGGCAAUAAACAGGCUGGCGGUGCUCUCAUUCCCGAAGACUAUACCACCCAGCUUCAGGCUGGAAAGCAUAUGUGGCCGUGCCCGGUUCGAAGGUCUGGUGUCGAGUCAGAUACACUCACUGAUCCGGGCGACCAUUUUUCGACAUCCCAUCACUCUACUACUUUCAACGACAACCGGGAUGGUUCAUUGUCAAAGAUUGGGACCCAUGGCCGCUCCGGGGAAGAGUUACCUGGUAUCGUCGUGCCACAAGUGCGGCAGAACACAAACAAGAAAGACUCGGCGCGAACAAAUAACGAAGACAGUUUGAAAUCUAGAGAAAAGCUGUCUAUCGGACUAUCUAGCGACAGGCCUGAAUACGGAGUGUCUGCUCCGUCUAAAGAAAAUGGACGACAGGAAACUGAUUUUUUUAGCUUCAAACAAAAACAUGACGGAAACCUGGAUACCCCGUCUAGGGGACGGGAACAAAGCUUGAAAGAACAUUUCCAGCUCCGCGAUUAUCAUCCUAGCCAACGAGAAUCUGCAGGUACGCCAAUAUCAUCACAAGGCUCUACUCCGGCACUAGUACUAGAUCAAGCUGCUAUGACGAGGCAGAGGUCACCUGUGGCUUUGGAGGCGAAUUCAACUCGUAGAUUGAUUGAGACACCUAUCCCAAUUCCUACACGAGGCCAUAAGCUUGUUCACCGAGCCGACCCGCACAACCCGAUGAAGAAAGCGUCACCAGAAAGACGGAAUGCAGGUUUGGAUGUUUCUAUACACGGUCAAAACGCUUCUUCUAACUCGGCACCCGCCAACGCCGAAUCAGCAUGGGAGUUUUGUCUCAAGUAUAUCCAAAAUUAUGAACACAGGAGAAAGAUACCGGAAAAACAAUACGUCAAGGAAUUUCUACAACUACCUUUCGUCCGCGAGAUGCAGUGGAAUGAGGAAUGGCUGAAGGACCAUCCAUGGAAGGAUAGUGUUCCCCGAGAUAUUUCUUCAUUGCUAAUGCACAGGAGUGGUGAGAUUUCCACCAAGACUUGUGAACGGUGCGCAAGCAAAAGCGGACCGUAUGUCGGAUGCAUUACAAUUCCUCUGGGAUUAUCUCCGGCCUCGCAGAGCAUGAUAUAUUCAUGUUCGAACUGUCUAUACCACGGCAAUAAUGCUAAAUGCUCGAUCAAGGAACAACUGAAAGCGGAGUUUCAUCAAAGAUUUCCGGACUUUGACAGAAAAGAGGAAAAUAUGCAGUCGCAGAAGCAGCUGGAAAAGGACCGCAGGGCAAACCCCCCAGAGUUGGCCGAUCCAGAUCCACUUUCUCCGGCUUCAGCGGAGACUGUUGUUACUCGAAACAGAGGUCACUCUAUGAACUACAACUUAAAAAAGCUUUCACAGAAUUCGAUGGGGGUUAGUCGAAGCAGACCCUCCAGAGCCAGGUCACGGGAAGCCCCAGAUCCCUUGAAUGCGGAUGAUGAGGAGCCCGAGGCUUCUUCCAAGCUGCGGCCACCGAGGAAUUCCAACAUUGGCAUAAACGGAGCAAGCGGUCGCAAGGUAUCUCAUGUGCCUUUGCCAAGUCGUCUUCCGUCGAAGGGUACGGGCGUUCUCAAUCAAGUUGCCUCGGCUCCUUCGGCCGCUAUUGAUACUUCAGCAAAGUCGCUUGAUGACAAGAUGGAGACUUGGGAGGUUGGUCCAGGUUUUGUUCGCAACGAGGAAUCUGACAAAAUCGCCUUUUCAACCGCGUAUUUGAACGGCCUUACAUCGGUUCACAUUGCAGACGGGGUGUCAUGCCGUCUUGAAUUUUUAAAGGCCGGAUGCUCAAGGACUUUCGAUGCAGAGGAUACGCUGCGGAUCUGUUGGGUCAGCAGCGGAAAGGUAGAGGUGGAGCUGGAUGGCAAGAGAUUCAGCGUGGGCGGGCCUGGAGGAAUCAUCAAACUGAACAAGGGCUCAAAGGCAGUUGUGUUCAACAACCGCUACAUCGAUGCCUGUUUGCAGAUCACCGCGGUCGCAGUUGAGGAUUAG